GCAGGGUCUUGUAGAUGACCUGGAGCCAAUGUGUUUGGCGACGAUUAUGAAGCGAAGGCCAGCCAAUGAGAGCGUAUGGUUAUAUAGAUUGCACAACCCAGGACGCUGUUGAACAAGCCAAGAUAUUGAAUGGUAAGAUGUUGGCUUAUGAAAUAGUGAGCAUUGAACCAUUUAAAUCAUGCAAACAGCAAGAGGCUGAAUUUGGAUCCAGGGCCAAGGAGUUCACCUAUGUGUACAUCAAGAACUCUGGCUUCAACAUGGACGAUGACAAAUUGCAAGACAUGGUUGACAUGUUGAGCACGAUUCUGUCCUUUUCACCUCCAGGGAGUGUCAUGGUUGAUCACAGCAUGAAAUCCAGAGGAUUUGGCUUCCUCAGUUUCAAAAGGAAGGAGAAUGCACAGAAGGCUGUGGAUCAGAUAAAUGAGAAGGAGGUGAACAGGAUGGUGAUCUAUGUGGGCCACGCCCAGAAGAAAUGCGCUUUGACGGAGAUGAACAGCCGCAUCGUGACCAACAAGCCGCUAUCUGUGGCUCCGGCCCAGUACAAGACCCUACAGCAGGAGUAUCUGAAGAACCGCUACUUGCAGAGGAUGGCUAGCGUCAUGGCCGUCCCCAACCCAACCAUCAUCAACCCCAACCAGCCUGCACCCGCCAUUAAGCAUCAAUGCACCAUGAGUGCCUCAUCCUCCCAUCAGAUGAGGGAGUAUAUCUGA